ACGAGGCCACCAGCAACCGAAAUCCCCUCCUGACCUCCUUCCUCCUCUCUCCCCGAUUCCCCCCACCCACCCACCAAGCGCGUCGGAAGCGAUGGCGUCGGCGGCGGAGAUGCAGCCGCUGGCCCCGGCGGGCUACCGCCGGGCGCCGGAGAUGAAGGAGAAGGUGGACGCCUCCGCGGUGGACCUGGAGGCCGGCACCGGGGAGACGCUGUACCCGGGGAUCUCGCGCGGGGAGAGCGCCCUCCGGUGGGGGUUCGUCCGCAAGGUGUACGGCAUCCUCGCCGCGCAGCUGCUCCUCACCACCGCCGUCUCCGCGCUCACCGUCCUCCACCCCACCCUCAACGCCACGCUCUCCUCCUCCCCGACCCUCGCCCUCGUGCUCGCCGUCCUCCCCUUCGUCCUGAUGGUCCCAUUGUAUCAUUAUCAGCACAAACACCCACACAACUUUGUUUACCUGGGUCUGUUCACGUUGUGCUUGAGUUUCAGUAUUGGUGUGGCAUGUGCUAACACUCAAGGGAAAAUUGUGCUUGAGGCAUUAAUAUUGACCUCAGCUGUGGUUGCCUCUUUGACUGCGUAUACUUUCUGGGCUUCAAAGAAGGGGAAAGAAUUUGGUUAUCUUGGACCAAUUCUGUUUUCUGCUCUUGUUUUACUUGUUGUGAUAAGCUUUAUUCAGGUGUUCUUCCCAUUGGGCUCUGGACCAGUUGCAUUGUUUGGUGGCCUUGGAGCUUUAGUUUUCUCAGGUUUCAUCAUCUACGACACAGAGAACUUGAUAAAGCGCCACACUUAUGACGACUACAUUUGGGCCUCUGUUGAGCUCUACCUUGACAUCCUCAACUUGUUCCUUUAUAUCCUGAACAUGAUCAGGAGCAUGCAAAGUGAUAACUAGCCAGUCCAUCAGCACCAACCAGACGUAUUGUCAACUUGCUCAGUGACGUCAGUGUGUCCUGCUCUAUUAAGUACUAUUUUGAACAGCGAUCUAUAUAACCGUGAAAACCUCGUGAUGUAUUUUGCUGUCGUCUGACUCAAAGGAUGAGACCGAAGUACAAUAUAUGUAUAGUUUUGGUUGUGUUGAGUAUGACUGUCGGAAAUGUGAUCCCAUGAUUGUGACGUGGUGCCAAUAAUUUUUACCCUGCGAUGUUCGUGAA